CACCGAAAUGAAUUUACAAAGAUUAAUUUUACUUUCGGGUCUCUUUCUUUUUCUGGGAUUUGUGGACGUAAUAUCAAAAACUUUUGCAAAUGAGGACGACUUUUGGAACUGCGGAAUUGCAAGUGCACAAGGAGAUAUCUGCGGGUCAUGUUGUUACAAGUCUGUGAAGGUUUUAUUAGCCUAUGCAACAGAAUUAAAAGAGCAGGUUAAAUCGAACGACUCAAAAAAUGCAGAAAGAGAUGAGGAAAUAGCUAAGCUAAGAAAGAAAUUGCUUGAAAUAGAUUAUUAUAGAGGUCAAAACACGGAGAUUGAUGAGCUACAGAAAGCGAAUGAAAUGUUAAGAAAAACAAAUGACGAUUUACUCAAACUUCUCAGUCAAUCGAUUCAGCAUCAAAAUAAUGUGGCUAAAAAUGAAGAGUUAAAGGCGGAAAUAGCAGAAGUGAAAUUGAGAACAAAAUAUCAAUCGAUCGAAUGCAUCGCUCGCCAGGACAAUUUAAAACAGGAAAUUGAACUCUUAAGGAAAAAGUCUAAAGACUCGGAAGAAACUUAUAAAAUUGUAUUGGAAAGCUCCAAAAGUGAUUUGGCAAACUUAAGAUUAAGCUUUGAAAAAGAACUAAAGUCGAAAGAAAAGUUGGCAAAUGAAAUAAACGAGCUGAAAUCUCAACUAGCAUCCUAUCAGAAAAACUUGGAAGAUGCUCAAAAUCAGAUAGUAGCUAAAAAUAGUUUGAUCGAUAGUCAUUCUCUAAAACUAAACCAAACUGAAAUAAGUCUAAGUGAUUGUAAGCGAAAUUUACCGAAAACAGGUUGCAAAGGUCUCCCAUCGGGAAUUCAUUUAAUUGAAAUUCCCGGACUGGAUCCGUUUCGAUCUUUAUGCAAAGGCGAGACAGAUGGAAAUGGAUGGAUAGUUGUGCAUAGGCGACUAGAUGAUAGAGAAAACUUUAAGAGAAAUUGGAUAGACUUUCGAAGCGGUUUUGGUGAUUUAAAUGGAAAUUUUUUUAUUGGUCUUGAAAAAUUGCAUCGCAUCACCCAAACGGAUAUUUAUGAACUUUCCAUAGAAAUUGGGUUCCAUAAUGAUACUUUCGCAAAUGUUAGAUAUACUCAUUUCAAAAUUGGUGAUGAAACUAAGCAAUAUGAGUUGGAAUCAUUGGGAGAAUUUCGAGGCAUGAUCGACAAUAGAAUGGCGCUAGGCAUAGGACAAAAAUUCACGACUUACGAUCGUGAUAAUGAUUUGGACAGAGGUUGGAAUUGUGCGACAGUAUUUUAUGGAGCCUGGUGGUACGACGAAUGUGGGAGCCCAAAUCUAAACGGACGAUAUUAUACAAGUGCAACCAAUUCGCGGGAUAGUAUGAGCUGGAAUGGCUGGAAUUCUCUGAAAUCAGUACAAAUGCUCAUUCGACCAAAAAACUCUUCAAAUCAAUGAUAAAUCACUAAAAAUAUAUUUUUCAAUGUUUCUUAUUUUA